UUUUGUUAAUAAUCGAAAAAUGGAUAUUGGGGAUGUUCAAAGUUCCAGUAAACGUGUUCCGGAUGAAGUUGGACUCAAAUGCCAGAAAUUGUUUCAAGAUUUCCUCGAAGAGUUUAAAGAAGAUGGAAUUGUAAAAUAUUUGGAGCCAGCAAAGGAACUCAUAAGCCCAGAACAUUACACCUUAGAAGUAACUUUUGACGAUGUAGACGAAUAUAAUCAAGUACUAUCCACAACUAUAGUCGAAGAAUAUUACAGGGUGUACCCAUAUUUGUGCCAAGCAUUGGCCAAUUUUGUCAAAGAUGUAACUGACUUAAGAAAAGAUAAAGAAUGUUACGUUAGUUUCGUAGAAGUUCCAACAAGGCAAAAGCUAAGGGAACUAAAUUCAGCAAAAUUAGGUACCCUGAUACGAAUAUCGGGCCAAGUAAUACGAACGCAUCCGGUCCAUCCGGAACUAAUUCUCGGAACGUUCAUUUGCACAGAUUGCAACGGUGUAAUUAAAAAUGUGGAGCAACAAUUUAAAUUUACAAAUCCGACAAUUUGUCAUAAUCCAGUGUGUAAUAAUAGACGUCGUUUCAUGCUGGACGUGGAUAAUUCAGUAUUCGUGGAUUUUCAAAAGAUUAGAGUGCAGGAAACGCAAGCAGAGCUUCCUAAGGGAUGCAUUCCCCGAUCGCUCGAAGUUAUUUUACGAUCGGAAGCCGUCGAAACAGUACAGGCUGGGGAUAGAUACGAUUUUACGGGAACUCUUAUAGUUAUACCAGACGUUGGGGUUCUGUCUGCUCCUGGUGUACAGCUCAAUAAACAGAGACGACAAAAGUCUGCGGACCAAGGAGAAGGUCUAACCGGCCUGAAAUCAUUAGGAACCAGAGAACUCACGUACAAAACUGCGUUCCUAGCCUGUAGCGUCACGCCAACAAGCUUUAGAUUCGGUGGGACGGAAACAAACAUGGAGGAGAUAUCUCAAGAAAUGAUGAAGAAACGAAUGACAGAGGCGGAAUGGAAUCGUAUAUACGAAAUGAGUCGCGAUAAAAAUCUGUACCAAAACCUCGUUAAUAGUUUGUUUUCGUCGAUACAUGGCAACGAUGAAGUUAAAAAGGGAAUCACUUUGAUGCUCUUUGGGGGCGUUGGGAAGACAACGUUGGAAGGCACCUCGUUGCGUGGCGACAUAAAUUGUUGCAUAGUUGGAGACCCCAGCACGGCAAAGUCUCAGUUUCUAAAGAGCGUUGCUGAAAUCACUCCAAGAGCAAUUUACACUUCCGGGAAAGCGUCUUCCGCGGCUGGGUUAACAGCGGCGGUAGUUAGAGACGAAGAAUCGCCUGAUUUCGUGAUCGAAGCCGGUGCUUUGAUGCUUGCCGAUCAGGGUAUUUGUUGUAUCGACGAGUUCGAUAAAAUGGAGAUCAGAGAUCAAGUCGCUAUACACGAAGCCAUGGAGCAGCAAACAAUUUCAUUGGCCAAGGCUGGUGUAAGGGCAACUUUGAAUGCUCGAACAUCGAUAUUAGCAGCGGCAAAUCCCAUUGGCGGGCGUUACGACAGGAAAAAGUCUUUGCAACAGAAUGUUCAGUUAACGGCGCCCAUUAUGUCCAGAUUCGAUUUGUUUUUUAUUAUAGUCGAUGAAUGUAACGAAAUCGUCGAUAACGCGAUCGCUAAACGAAUCGUUGAUCUACACUGCGACAAUUGGCAAGAUUUCGAGGCUGUGUACUCGCAAUCUGAAAUUGUUCGUUACAUCAAUUUUGCCAAACAUUUUAAGCCUAUAUUGAGCCAGGAAGCUGCAGAUUAUUUGGUCGAUAGUUAUACAACGCUUAGGCAAAGAACUGGUAGCAGUUCUGGAAAGUGGAGGGUCACCGUUCGACAGUUAGAAAGUCUUAUCAGAUUGUCAGAAGCAAAAGCUAAAUUAGAGUGUUUAGAUGAAGUUUCCGUGAAACACGUGAAAGAAGCAAAACGUUUAUUAAGUAAAAGUAUCGUGACUGUGGAACAGCCAGAUAUAGAUUUAGAAGAACCCGAUGAUCUGAACGCGGACGUCAAUAUAGAUGAUGCUCCGCCGCUUAUGGCUGCUCUUAACGCGUUGGACGACGAUAGGGCAACCGACACGCCUCGAACUGAAAUCACGGAUAAAAAGAAGUUAACAAUGUCCUUUGAAGAGUACAAAAGUUUAUCUAAUAUGUUGGUAUUGUAUAUGAGGAACGAAGAAACUCGCGCUGAAACCUCUCCUUCAGAUGAUAUUAAAGGCGGUCUAAGGAAGUCGGAACUAGUAGCCUGGUAUCUUGAUCAAAUACAAGAUCAAAUAGAUUCGGAGGAAGAACUACUGGAAAGGAAAAAUUUUAUCGAAAAAAUUAUCGACAGAUUGACAUAUCAUGAUCAAAUUAUCAUUCCUCUUACAACGGCUGAACUUAAACGGAAGGGUAAGCAUGACGAAGAAGAAGAAGAUGAUCCGUUGCUCGUUGUACACCCUAAUUACAUUAUCGACAUCUAAGCUGCAACAGAAAUUUGUAAAAAAAAUAAUGAACCA